AUGGCAGCAAGCAGCAACUUUGCUGCUGCUGCUUGUCUGUUGCUCUUAAGAGACAGCAGCGCCUCAUCUCUAGGGCCCUGCAGCCGCUUCAGCUCAGCAGCAGUGCAGCGCAUGCGGUUCGCCUUCUCUUGGUACUGCAGCAGCAGCAGCAGCAGCAGCAGCGGCGGGAAGGGCAGCAGCAGUAGCAGCAGCAGCCGCAACAAUAUCGGCAGCAUCAGCAGCAGGAACGCAGCGGCAGGAGGAGCCGCAAUGCUGUCGGCAACAGCAGCAACAAAUGCAGCAGCAGCAGCAGCAAAUGCAGCAGCAGGAGGAGCCAGGAGACUUCCGGCAGCAGCAGCAGCAGCAGCAGAACGUGCAACGGCAGCAGCGCCCAAAACAGUGCCAGCAGCAGCAGCACACAAGUGGCAGCAGCGGCAGCAGCAAGCGCCGAAGCAGCACCACACCGCCAGCAGCAGCAGCAGCAGCAGCAGGAGGGCGUGUGGGAGUGGAAAUUAG